CACAAAGUUUUACACCAAAGAUACAAAAGAAAAAAAAAAAACAAAUCAAUGGUAGCAAAAUCCUGAAUUACAAUUAUUUAAAAGAAUUGAAAACUACGAAAAAAGUAAAGUGAAGUGCUGCAAAAAAGGAAGACGAAGAAAAACAGAAACUAGUGAAUUUUUCUCGAAUCAGACGAAAAUCAAAAAGUGAGCUCCGCCGGAGUGAAUUUGCCUCCUUUUUAUUGUCUCUUCUAGUGAUUUGACAUUUUCCCCUGUGGGUUCCUCGGGCUCCCCUUUUGUGCACUCACGUUCAUUCACUUUUUUCCCCGCCACCGAACUGCCCCGCUCUGUGUGCAUUCCUUAUUGCCAUUGCCUUUGCCUCAGCCCUCAGCCUGCUGCUGCUUUUCGUCUCUGCUGAGCUCUGAAUUUGCGUUUGCUUUGCGUCUGCCGGUUCGGUUCUUCGGUCUUCGACAUCGACUUCGGUUGUGUUUUCUUUAUUUCGCUUCUUCCAUCAUCAUCAUCGUUGUCGUCGUUCGACGUUCUGUGCUGUUUGCUGUUUGUUGCCCGCUGUUGCUGCUGCUGCUGCGCGAAAAACGAAAUAACAAAUUAAAAAAAGCAAAACGAAAAAUAAAACUGGAAUUAUUGAUUUAAAUCGCAUCAUACAUCAAAUCAACGCCAUUGCAAUUAGGUGCAUCCAAACUAAAGACAAAGUGUAGCUGAAGAUACAACAACAACAAAAAAGAUACAUUCUAUACAACAACAACAAAAUAAGGAAAAAUAAAACUAAAGCAUCAAGUGUGACAACAGUAUUUCUCAUUAAAAUUAGAACAACAACAAAAACAAGAAAAACAAUCCCUUUCUUUGAAUCUAAUUGUGGAAUAUAAAAUUUUUACUAAAAAUCAUAAUUACUUACUAUAUUGCAUUUUUUUAAUGUAAGAAAAAUAAAAACAAGUACCGGGAUUAAACAUCUACAAAAAUUAAAAAAAAAACAUCUCAUCUAUUUAUUUAGAGAUUUAAGAAAAAAAGUUCGUAUUAUAUACAAAAAUAACAACAAAAACCAAGUCAUAUAAUAAAAAAAACAAUUAUAUAUAAAUAAAUAUAUAUAUAUAUAUAAAAAAUAAAGGAGCAACAAAAAGAAAAAACAGAGAAGCAAUGGAAGACAAUAAUACCAACACGCCAAUCCGAGAUGACCCAUCGGUUACACUCACAAUAAGGCUGAUUAUGCAAGGCAAGGAAGUUGGCAGUAUUAUCGGCAAAAAAGGCGAAAUCGUCAACAGAUUUCGCGAGGAGUCUGGCGCCAAAAUUAACAUAUCUGAUGGCUCAUGCCCGGAACGUAUCGUAACAGUCUCUGGUACGACUAGCGCCAUCUAUUCAGCGUUCACUUUGAUAACAAAGAAAUUUGAAGAGUGGUGCUCACAGUUUAAUGAUGUUGGCGCAUCGGGUGGCAAAACUCAAAUCCCCAUUCGAUUGAUUGUACCAGCAAGCCAAUGUGGAUCAUUAAUUGGCAAAGGGGGCUCUAAAAUCAAGGAAAUCCGCAACUCGACCGGAUGUUCAAUUCAAGUUGCCAGCGAGAUGUUGCCAAAUUCAACGGAACGUGCUGUCACUUUAAGUGGAUCUGCUGAUCAAAUAACCCAAUGCAUCUAUCAGAUAUGCUUAGUUAUGCUCGAGUCCCCGCCAAAGGGAGCAACUAUUCCAUACAGGCCAAAGCCACAAGUUUCAGGACCAGUUAUAUUGGCCAAUGGACAAGCAUAUACAAUCCAAGGAAAUUAUGCUGUGCCCGCACAAGAGGUGGCAAAGAAUCCUCUAGCUGGCUUAGCGGCAUUAGGUCUUGCGGGUAUGGCACCAACCAAUACCGGUGGACUCAAUCCAACAGCGGCACUGGCUGCCCUAGCUGGUUCACAAUUACGUACAAGUAACACCAACCGAACCCAACAGCAACAACAUGAAAUGACAGUAUCAAAUGAUUUAAUUGGUUGCAUUAUCGGUAAGGGUGGUACUAAAAUUGCUGAAAUUCGACAAAUUUCUGGCGCUAUGAUUCGCAUCUCGAAUUGUGAGGAACGUGAAGGCGGCAAUACCGAUCGAACAAUAACAAUUAGUGGAAAUCCCGAUUCGGUAGCAUUGGCUCAGUACUUAAUCAAUAUGAGAAUAUCUAUGGAAACUGCAGGGCUUCCCAUUCCUGGAUAUCAUUAUAUUGCACCAAAUGCAAUUGUCAAAACUCCAAUUCAUUAAAAACAAAAAUAGCAAACCAGAACAUCUACAAAAAAAUUGUAUUUUUUUGUUUAAACUAAUAACUUUUAAAGAAACCAAGAAAGAUGUUGAGAAUGAUAGUUUUUCUUUUUGAUACCUAUCAGACUUGAAUUUUGUGAAAUUUGAGAAGAAAAUACGACGGUUUUAGCCGUACACAAAAAUGACCACCAAGACCACCAUAAUUGAAAAUAAAACUUAAAAACAAAAGGAAACCAUCACCAAGCUGAAAAAAGAGAAGCUAAAACUAAAAAAGAAGAAACAAAAAUUAAAAAAAAAAAACAAAGAUGAAAGGAAAACAGCAGAAAUAUCAUUUAUAUAUUAAAUCAAAAUAUUCAUUUAUUUUAUUUUUUAUUAUUAUUAUUAAUAUUCUAUACAUAAUAUAAUAUUUUGCUUUGUUAACAUAAUUUUACACUAAAACCAAGUUUUACAAAAAAAUAAAUUUAAAAACAAAAAUACAUAACAAAGUAGAAAGCCGAGUAAAUGUAGCUAAUUGUGCAAAGAAACAAAAAAUUAUAAUAAAUUAUAAUUAGUAAUUAUACCAUUCUUCAAAAUGAAGAAUAAAAACAAAUGAAAACAAAAAAAAAAAGUACAUUUUGAAUAUGUGUAGGGUAUUUAUUAUAUUUCAGUGUGUUUAAAAACAAAAAUUAAAAUUAAAAGAGAAGCAUUAAAAUUAGUUUUUAAACAAACAAUUUAUUUGAAAGAAAGUAAGAAAAAAAAAUAAUAAUAAAGCUUUAAAUAUGUAAAUUUAGUGAGAAAACAAAACAUAUGAGUAAAAUCAUUUAAAAUUAAUAUUAAAAACAGAAGAAAAUGAUAAAGUUUACAAAAGAAAAUAACAAACAAAUCAUAAAAACAGAAGAAGCUUAUGCGAAGAAAAAGACUUUUUAGGUAUAUAUAUUUUUUUAAUUUUAUUCAGUUUUUUAUUUAUAUAGUUCAUUUUUUUUUUCUUUUUUGAAAAAAUAAAAAUAUAAAUAAUUUAUUGUAUUUAUAUAAAUGAUUGGAUGUUUAAAAAUGUGGUAUUUAGGUUAAUGAUAUUCAAAAGAAAAACAAACAAAUCACUUAACAAAACAAAAUCAUUUUAAAUUCUUCAUUUUACAUAAAUUUAUUCCCACAAGGAAACUAUACAGGAAAACAAAUACAAAAACAUAUUGCAAAAAUAACAACACAAAAACAUAUCUGGAAUGCAUUGGCAUAAUAAUUCGAAAUUAUUUUCGUUACUACUUCUAACUGAAAACUCAUUUUUUUCCAUCAUAAUUAUUAGUUGUCUACUUUUCUUCAUUAUCAGUUCACUCUUUUAUUUCAUAAUGUUUAAAACAAACAUUUUAUCAUAUAAGAUUUAUAAUGUCUGAAAAACGUUCUGAGGUCAGAUUUAACAAAUCUUUUAAGAAAUACAAAUCAAAAGUCAACAUGAAUGAAUCGUUUCAACUCGAUGGAGUUUUAGAUGUGUUCGCAAAAAUAUCAGUGCUCUUAAAAAACAAUUAAUUUUCAAUUACCGAAAUUUAACGAAUUUAAUUUACUCUAUACCUCAAAUUAAACCAAUUUUAGUUUACUAUCUUUGAAAUGUAAAUUGUUUAUUUACAAAAUAUCAAAUGUAAUGGUAUGAUUUUUGUAAGCGGUUCUUGCUUUAAGGGGUACGCUUUAGGUUAGUAUCUUAUUUUAAUAUCCAUAUUAUGCGCAUUUCCAUUCCUGACAACAGUACUCGCACACAGGAAUGAUUGAGAGUUGUAAGGCCCUGGUUCACAACGGACUGUUGCGCCACCCCAUUUGAUUUUGAUUAUGCGCGUUUCUUCCUUGGCAUAAGGCAACAAGAGAAAGAAUUUGUAUGUAUUCUGCAGUAGAAAGAGUUCUUUCAACCAAUUAAAAAUCUCAAUGCGCCUUUGGGCACAUUAUUCUGUUUGCCACGUGCUUUUUGCUCGAAUUUCUAGUAAGUUCGUCUUUUAUUUUUAAAUGUACUCAUUGAUGGAUUGUGUUUUGCAAAGUGGCAAUUUUUUAGACUAAACCAUUCACCGGUCAUUCGUUUUGGAGUACGGUUUUCAGGAUUUUGAUUCAGAUCUUGCAUUCCUUACCUAUAUCUUAUACUUAAGAGUACAUCUUAAAGUGUCCAUACAAUUUUUGUAUUAAAUGUAGUUUUACGUCAGUCCAAAACUUUGGUCUAAGAAUUUUUUUUAAAGGUUUAACUAAAAGAAAAGAGACGAUUACCUUAGAUUGAAAGGUUAAAGCUCUGAAGAGAAUUAAUAAAGAAUCUGCUAUUUUUGUGAACGCAUACAAAAUCUGACUAAAAAUAUUGAGUAUUAUUUUAUUUGAAGAUAGUUCAUUUAACUUACCGUUAUCCUUUAAUUUCAUUUUCAAAUUUCAAAAGUAGUAACGAAACAAUGUCAUCUCAUAUCAAAUUAUAAACAAAACAAAUAAAUACACAUCUUUAAAAGACAUAUCGAAAAGUCUGUUUAAAAUAAAACACAAAACAAAAUAUUUAGAGCAAAAGCAUACAAACAAAAAAGUAUUUAAUAAACAAACAAAAAAAAAUCACUAAUUUAUAUAAAAAUAUUAGUUGAUGAGUAUAUAAUUAAAUAGGUGAUAAUAAUUUUAUAUUGGGUGUAAAUAUUAAAAACGACAUGAGGAAUUGAUUAUAUUUAAAAACAAAAACAAAAAAACCAACAAGAACACAAAGCUCUAUUACCAACAAAAAUCUUUAUUGUCCCUCAUGUCCAACAUAUCUAACCCAAUCCCAUUAAAUACAAAAAUUUGUUUAACUUUUAAAAAGAAAAAACAAAAACUAAUAAUCCAAAAAAGCAAAAUCACACUUAGUAGAAACAAAAACAAAAUGCAGAGAAACAUUUGUAGAAUUAUAAACAUGAAUACAGGAAUAAAAUUAUUCAAUAAAAAAAAAAAAAACAAGAAUAGAAUUUAGAAAUAUUAAAAUGAAUUUAAAAAAAAAAACUAUUUAAACAAAUUAAAAAAAUAAAAUAAAAAGAAGUAAUUUAAAACUACUUUAAAUGGAAGCAAUCAUUUUUAUCGUAAACAAAAAAAUUAUUAAAUGGUGUAUCUUAUAUAUAUAUACAUAUAUAUAUAUUUAGAAAAUAUUUAAAAAAUGAAAUCACACAAAAACAGUUUAUAUAACUUAAUGAGACUCUACGAAGCAACUAAAAUAUAAAAGAAAAUGCAUAGAAUCCAAAUAUGGAUGAAACACAAAAAAAUCAUUUCUUUUUUAAAUAAAUAAUUAGUUUUAAAUAAAAUAUUUUUUACAAUUCUGUUCAAAUAAAUACAAAAACAAAAAUGCGUUAUAAUGAAAAAGAAAAAAAAAAACAUUGUUAAAUUUAUGCGCGCAAGUAAAACAAAAAAAAAUUAUAAUAAAAUUAUACAUAAAACAAUUUUUAGUUAAAUUUUAACAAAUUUAUUAUAAGAAGAACAUUAAUAAAAGAAAAAAAAAAAACAAAAUAACAUACAAAACCACUACGCGAUAUAUUAAAAAAAUAAAAAACAAAAAGAGAAAAGCAAUUGUAAUGGUGCCUUAAUUAAUUGUUUCCAAAUUUUAUUUGUGAUUAUAUUUUAAAUUAAACAUUUAAAAAAGCAUUAAAAAAAAAGAAAGUUGUUGAUUCAAUACAUAUUGUGUAUUUUGCUUUGCUUUUUGCAUUUUUCAAUCAAUUUAAUUUUUCCUCUAUCUUUCAUUCGUACAUUCUAUAUAAACACAAUAAAAUCCCUUGUCGAUUAAUUUUCUCUUCUCAAGAAACAAAACUUGAAUAAAUUCUUUAACAAAAUAAAAAGUAAAAAGUGAAAAAAGCAAAACGCGUAGACUUAGCAAAAACAUUCUGUUCUUUGUUAUAUUUUGCUAUGUUUUCUUAUGCAAUCUUUUUUAUA